AUGGAGAACAGACGGAUACCGGACAGCAGUCUGGAAGCCUCAACUCUGGGCGAUAGUGGAUACCACACCCAAGAUUCUCGGCUCAACUCCAACUCCGGGUGGUGUGCCAACUCGCAAGACAACAAACACCCGUGGAUCCGUGUUGACCUAGGCGAGGUAGCCACGGUGGCCGGACUCAUCACACAGGGCCGGCACCAGAGCAACGUGUGGAUUACGUCGUACAAAGUCGAGUACAGUCAGGCCGUGUCUAGCUGGAGCACCGUAACAGAGGACGGGGUAUACGGGCUGCAAAUGGAGGUAAGACAUAGGAUUUAUUUAAUUUAUUUAAAAGUUGCAAAAACACGAAGGAGAGGGGAACCCAUGGACAGGUUUCAGGCUAACACGGACCACAGCACCCCAGUGACUGUCCACUUUCCCGCAGCUGUCCGGGCCCGGUUUGUCAAAAUACUGCCGGCAACGUGGGCAAGGGACAACGCCGUUUGCCUUCGCUUCGAGGUAAUCGGCUGCGUCAGCGAUUAAAUGACAAAAGCUUUCAGAGUAAUGCCUGAUUGGUGUUUAAAACAUACAAUUAUGUUUACCUAUAUAAAUAUUAUUUC